CAGUUCCUCGCAGAAAAUAUGCAAUGGCUACAUCGCGACUAAUUUUACAUUUGUUUGUUUAUUUUUAAUGCAACCGGAUGAUGCAUUUACUUGCCCUGGUUUCCACUUUGUGCUGGAAAUGAGCUUUCCUAGUGGCAACUUGAGCCUAUGGGUCAUGCAGGUAAAUCGUUGACUGUUAUGCACAUAUCUUAUCUUCAGAGGAUUUAAUCGACCGGUGGGCGCUUUUGCUCUUUUGGAAAGGAUGUUAGGGCGCGAAGAAACCUUAAUGCAGAGGAAACGGUGAGAGGAGUUUAAAGGAGUUUUUUUCCCCUAAUAGGUUUCAUAUGUUGUGUACAAUCAGCUCUGAUGGACUUGUAGAAGGUGGGUCAUGUAGGUCGGUUGUGCCUGGCCUCAGCACAGCAGCACAUGGAAAGUGAUUUGGCUUGUUUACCUCCUGAGCAACACACACCACAACCCCCCGCAGCCUCCCUGAUUUAUUGUCUAGUGAUUUACAAGAAAAAAGCGCCUCCGUGCUUCGACUGGCUGAGCCACUGAAGAUAGAGCCAUCCUGCUGAAAUAGAUCCCCCCCAAGAUGAAUUUCGACCAAAUCCUGUCUGCAAUCGGAGGCUUUGGCAAGUACCAGAAAAUUCUGUACGUAUGGAUCUGCUUGCCCCAGAUCCUCCUCGCCUUCCACAUGAUGGUGAGUAUCUUCACAGGAGCCACACCGCCGCAUCGCUGCCGGGAGAGUUCGAGCUCAGCGGCCGGGAACCUGUCCUCCUCCUCUGGUACCCUGAGCCUGAACCUCAGCCUCCCGGACGCGUCCUGCUUCUCUGGCGAGCUUCAGCUUCAGGGGAACCGGACAGAGCGCGUCCCGUGUGGCCACGGAUGGGUGUACAGCAAGGAGAUCUUCCAGAGUACCACAGUCACCGAGUGGGACCUGGUGUGUGACAAAGCCAGCUGGAACAGUGUCGGCUCAUCGAUCUAUAUGUCCGGUCUGUUGGUGGGAUCUGUGCUGUUUGGAGCCAUGGCUGACAGGUACGGCAGGCGUUUCAUCCUGCUGCUGUCCCUCGCCCUGCAGACGGUGUUUGGAGUUGCUGUGGCUUUUGCUCCCACCUUUCUUGCUUAUGUGAUUCUGCGCUUCAUCGUGGGCACCACAAUAUCUGGAAUCAUCAUUAAUGCCUUUGUUCUCGGUACAGAGUGGACCUGCACCCAGAGGCGCAUGCUGGCUGGUAUAAUCACAGAUUAUGCCUUUGGCCUGGGCUACAUGCUCCUAGCGGGUGUAGCGUACCUGAUACGAGACUGGAGAAAGUUACAGCUGGCCAUAUCAGCCCCCGGCUUCCUGUUCAUCUUCUACAUAUGGGUGCUGCCUCAGUCUGCCCGAUGGUUGCUGGCCAAUGACAGGAGAGAGGAAGCCAUUGUUCUCCUCCGCAAGGCAGCACUAGUCAAUGGCCGAGUCCUACCUCCCACCGUACAGGUAGAAAAGUGUGAGAUGGCAGGAGCGGGUAAGCAAAAGUACACGGCCAUGGAUCUCGUACGAACACCUCAGAUGAGAAAGAGGGCUAUUAUCCUGUUCUACAUCUGGUUUGUGAACGUGUUGGUGUAUUAUGGCCUCUCUCUGGGCGCGUCCAGGUUAGGGACGAAUCUCUACCUGACCCAGUUUGUGUUCGGGCUGGUCGAGAUCCCCGCUCGGUCUCUGGUGCUGCUCGUCCUGCCCUGCAGCCGGCGCCUUUCCCAAAGCGGCUUCCUGGCAGUUGGAGGGCUCGCCUGCCUGCUCAUGCUCGCUGUCCCUGCAGAUUACCCCAACCUUCUGACUGGUCUCGCAAUGUUAGGGAAGUUUGGCAUCACGGCUUCCUUUGCUGUAAUCUACGUGUACACUGCUGAGAUAUUCCCCACCGUGCUACGGCAAACAGGAAUUGGCAUGUCCAGUAUGUUUGCGAGGAUGGGGGGUGUGUUAGCUCCCAUUAUCAACAUGCUGCAUAACCGGAGCCCCACUGCGCCCCUGGUCAUCUUCGGCUGUUCCCCGCUGCUGGGUGCCGUCCUGGCCUUGGCACUGCCCGAAACCGCCGGCAGACCUCUUCCUGAUACAGUGGAGGACGCUGAGAACUGGGAGACAAGGUUUCCUCCAAACAAGGAGAGCAAAGAAAUGUGUGAGGACAGUAGCCAAUCAGCAAGCUGCGCAGAGGGGCAGGAGCUGGAGCACCUCGCAAGCCAGAUUUAACCAUGCUCACACACACACACACACACACACACACACACACACACACACAUAGCUGUUUAUUGACACGUUACACAGCUUCACCCUCAGAUACAUAACACUUACUAUGCAACGAUAUGUGAAAGGUCUAAUUAUGAGCCCUAUGCAAAGUAAGCAUAAGAACACCUUUACACAUGCCAAACAUACACACACUGCGCACGCACACACACUCACAGCUCAGGCCAUUAAAUUCCAUUGCUAGGGCAAAUGAACAGCCUAGUGUUUCAACAGAUGCUGCCAAACACCCAUAUAAAACAGAAAUAAACUGAGGUAUUUCUAUGCUCUUUUGCUUUUCUGAAAAAGUUCCUCCUUAUAAUUACAAUUUUGAGAAGUGAUUCAAUAUACAUCAUGUUUUACUAAUAAAUGGACUCUUGAAUACUUUGCAGACAUAUAUAUCUCAUAUCCACACAUAUUUAUAUAUUUAAGGGUGCUAACCUAUGGCUCAAAGUCUGGUGCUGACUUCACCACCUCCUGCAGAUUAAGACUGUGGCUGGAAAAGGAGAUGAUAUCGGCCAAGAGGACUGGCACUUCGCCUAAACCACAGCAGGCAUAAUCCUACCAAAACAGCUAUUUUUGGGACUUUUCUCUACUCUCCAAGAGCACUGGAUUCACCAAACGAGUCAGCAUGUUUAAAAUACAAAGAGCAAGCAUAUUAUUUUUGUAUAAUAGUGUACUGUUUGUGUGUACUAUUUGUGGAAUAUCUUUUUCAUAUGUUGAUGCUGUACUGAGCAAGCAACUGCCUCCUUUUAUACUUUUCUAUGCUCUCAAGUGGAGAGAAAUAAGUGUCUGAUUGAGAUUGCAUGCACUAGUUACCUUUAAUUAUGCCUCAUGUAGCCUUUCUGUACUUACUUACUAAUGUCGUUGAUUUGUAGUUUUAUGACAACCAUGGGAUGUGACAGAAGUCAGCAUGGUAAGGGCUAGGAAAUGACUGGGACUGCUUGGAUUGCAACAUUGUGUUUGUAAAAAAAACAUCAGGUUUUGAUUCAGUUCAGGACCAGGUCAUACUUGGAUUUAAUAGCACAAUGUGAUGAUUAUGAAACCAGCCUGCGAAAACUCUGCUGCACUUUGCUGCUCACCAUUUUAACAGUUGUGUUUAAAUUGUGUAUUUGAAUUUGUACUUAACAAGAUAAAGAUUUGUAUGAUCUCCUGCAUGGGUUGCAUGCAUUGGUCAUAGGAUG